GGAACAUCAAACAGAUGAUUAAAUUGACACAAGAACACAUAGAGGCACUGCUAGACAAGUUUGGAGGAGAACAUAACCCACCGUCGAUAUAUUUAGAGGCCUAUGAAGAGUACACCAGCAAGCUAGAUGCUCUACAGCAGAGAGAACAGCAGUUACUGGAAUCCAUGGGGAAUGGAACUGAUUUCUCUGUCUCCAGUUCAGCUUCAACAGACACAGUUGCAUCAUCUUCCUCCUCUAGCCUCUCUGUAGCACCUUCAUCCCUUUCAGUUUAUCAAAACCCUGCUGAUAUGUCACGGAAUAACCCCAAGUCUCCACAGAAGCCUAUUGUUAGAGUCUUCCUGCCCAACAAGCAAAGGACUGUGGUUCCAGCAAGAUGUGGAGUGACAGUCCGAGACAGCCUCAAGAAAGCACUGAUGAUGAGAGGUCUUAUCCCAGAAUGCUGUGCUGUUUACAGAAUACAAGAUGGAGAGAAGAAGCCAAUUGGGUGGGACACUGACAUUUCCUGGCUCACUGGAGAGGAGCUGCAUGUGGAAGUCUUGGAGAAUGUGCCACUCACGACACACAAUUUCGUACGAAAAACAUUCUUCACAUUAGCGUUCUGCGACUUCUGCCGCAAGCUGCUUUUCCAGGGCUUCCGGUGCCAGACGUGUGGAUACAAAUUUCACCAGCGCUGUAGUACAGAAGUGCCACUGAUGUGUGUUAAUUAUGACCAACUUGAUUUGCUGUUUGUCUCCAAGUUCUUUGAACAUCAUCCCAUGCCACCGGAGGAGACCUCCUUAGGAGAGACCACCCCAGCAUCUGGAUCGUACCCCAUUGUUGGCCAGGAAGGAAAAGAUGACAGACCACCAAUUCUCCCUAGUCCUUCUCCUUCAAAAUCCAUUCCAAUCCCACAGCCCCUCCGACCAGCAGAUGAAGACCAUCGGAAUCAGUUUGGGCAACGCGACCGAUCCUCUUCAGCUCCCAAUGUCCACAUCAACACAAUUGAGCCAGUCAAUAUUGAUGACUUGAUUAGAGACCAGGGUUUACGAGGAGAGGGAGGAUCAACUGCAGGUUUGUCUGCAACACCUCCUGCCUCUUUGCCUGGGUCACUAACCAAUGUGAAAGCAUUACAGAAAUCCCCAGGGCCUCAACGGGAAAGGAAAUCAUCCUCAUCCUCAGAAGACAGAAAUAGAAUGAAAACUCUUGGUCGACGGGAUUCAAGUGAUGAUUGGGAGAUACCAGAUGGACAGAUCACAGUUGGACAAAGGAUAGGAUCUGGAUCAUUUGGAACAGUCUACAAAGGAAAGUGGCAUGGUGAUGUGGCAGUGAAAAUGUUGAAUGUUACAGCACCCACACCUCAACAGUUACAGGCUUUCAAAAAUGAAGUAGGAGUGCUCAGGAAAACACGACAUGUGAAUAUCCUGCUUUUCAUGGGUUAUUCAACAAAACCCCAGUUGGCUAUUGUUACACAAUGGUGUGAAGGGUCCAGCUUGUAUCACCAUCUACACAUCAUUGAGACCAAAUUUGAAAUGAUCAAGCUAAUUGAUAUUGCACGACAGACUGCACAAGGCAUGGAUUAUUUGCAUGCCAAGUCAAUCAUCCACAGAGACCUCAAGAGUAAUAAUAUUUUUCUUCAUGAAGACCUCACAGUAAAAAUAGGUGACUUUGGUCUAGCUACAGUGAAAUCACGAUGGAGUGGAUCCCAACAGUUUGAACAGUUGUCUGGAUCUAUUCUCUGGAUGGCACCAGAAGUUAUUAGGAUGCAAGAUAAAAACCCAUAUAGCUUUCAGUCGGAUGUGUAUGCGUUUGGGAUUGUUCUUUAUGAACUGAUGACUGGACAGUUACCAUACUCAAACAUCAACAACAGGGACCAGAUAAUUUUCAUGGUGGGACGAGGAUACCUAUCUCCAGACCUCAGCAAAGUACGGAGCAACUGUCCAAAAGCUAUGAAGAGACUAAUGGCAGAAUGCUUAAAAAAGAAAAGAGAUGAGAGACCCCUUUUUCCACAGAUUCUUGCCUCCAUUGAACUUCUGGCCCGGUCGUUGCCAAAAAUUCACCGCAGUGCAUCUGAGCCCUCAUUGAACCGGGCUGGCUUCCAGACAGAGGACUUCAGUCUGUAUGCUUGUGCUUCUCCAAAAACGCCCAUCCAAGCAGGGGGCUACGGUGGGUUCCCAGUGCACUGA